AUGAAAGAGCAUCUUUUAGAUUUAACUGCUGAUGACAUGCUUAAGAUGGAAUUUUAUUCGCAAAGUGUCGACGUAUUUUGGAUGAAAAGAAAACACGAAUAUCCAAAGGUGGCAAGGGAAGCUCUAAAAUUAUUAGUGUCAUUCGCCACAACAUACUUGUGUGAAUUGACAUUUUCUGCAAUGGUAGACAUUAAAACUAAAAAGAGAAAUAGACUGCAAUUAGAAAAUGAUUUGAUUAUUAAUGUUUCAAAAAUAGCACCUCAAUUUGAUAAACUUUUGAAAAAUAAACAAGCCCAUCCUUCUCAUUAA